AUGUACAAGCAAAUUCUGGUCCUCUUUUUCUUGGUUGCCGCCGUCGCUGCUGAGACCGCUUAUUUUGCUUUCAAGACCCACGGAACUACUGAUGAAUUUGUCUUUAAAUUGACGGAUGACAAACGUAUCAAGCAUGCACGUGACCUUCUUAGUGGUGCCACCGAUGACGAACCUUACGUUAUGGGAAGAAUUAGAAAACAAACUGCUUCGUACAAUCCAAAAUACAGUUUCCACUUGGAUCCUGAAGCCAUCACCUUUUUUAACAUGGCUAUUGAAGUUUGUGACGCUACUCUGCCAUACCUCGAAGAACAUCUUGAUGAAGCUUGUGGUGCUUUCUUGCCCGGAUGUUUCUAUUGUCCUUGGACUUCUAAGCUUACCAGAGAAGUCAAAGAUGUCCAAUAAAUUAAAGUCAUUUAUUUUUCUUUCGUCCUAUUAAUAAACCAGAGACUAUGUCUUCGUAUAUAAAAAAAAA